AUGUCUUCGUCCCGUAACUCGAAGGAUGUAGAGGAUUCGCCUGACGAAGGAGUCUUUGAGGAACUCCACAAGCACAUUAAUGACGUCCAUGACCUUCUGAAGCGGGAGACGAACAAGCUUCGCAAGGAGAAGGAGGCCUUUGACGAGGUGGCGAAGAAGCUUGAACAUGUUCACUUCUCGAAGAUGUUGAAACUCAAUGUAGGCGGCCAUAUGUUUGCGACAAGUCUAGAAACCAUGACUAAAGAUCAAGAGGCGAUGAGUUUUCUCGAAUUUGUGAAUGAGAAGUAUGACGAAUUGCUAGAGGUGAUGAAGAGCUCAAAGGAGGAAAGAAAGGCUUUGAAAGAUGACAAUAAGAUUUUGCACGAUGAGAAUAAGAUUUUGAAGGCAACAAUUCGCAGCAUUGAAAGUUCACUGGAAUCAAUUACGAGAGCGAACAAAGAUCAUUAUGAUCUGGAGCAGUACACUUGUAGAGAGUGUGUAGAAAUCCAAGGAAUCGCUGUCGCUGCUACUCCAUCAGAAGAGCAAACUAAUAAUGCUGUGACGGAUGUCGAUAAGCUACUGGGAAUGGAUAUUACUCAAAAUGACAUUUCAGUAAUCCAUCGAAUGCCUCAAAGUCGAAAACGCAAAGGCAAGCCUGGACCGCCAGCCAUUAUUGUCAAAUUUACAAGGCGUGAUGUCAAAGAUAAUUUCUACCAUGCAAGGAAGCAGCUCAAGGACUUAACAACGCGAGAUCUUGGCUAUUCCGAGAAAAACAAGAUCUAUAUUGCAGAGAGCCUGACAGAAAGGAAUCGAAUGUUAUUCAAAGAUUGUUUGAAGGUAAAGAAGGAUAUGGAGUUCAAGUUCAUUUGGACUUUAAAUGGAAAAAUCUUCAUGGAAAAAUCUUCAUGAGAAAAGACAGACUCUGCUGUUCACCAUAUUAAUAAAAAAGAGGAUCUUCAGAAGAUACAACCUAGAUAAGUAUUUAUUUUCUGAACUUUAACGAUUUGAUGAAUUGUUUAAAAUGUGUAACUCACACUAGUGAUAUGGCCUGUGAUUUGGCCAAUUCACUUUCAUCUUUAAGUAUCGAUUCUCCUAGUAACAUUCCACACCUCACUGAUUUAGAUGCUGACCUAAACAUGCCUUAAUGGAAAACAAUUUUUGUUUCUAUAGUACUCAUGAUUUUCAUAGUAAUUAUGACAUCAAUGAGUGUCUAUUGAGUGGUCAAUCUUUUUCUUUGAUUAAUUGUAUUAUCAGAAGCCUAUCAGCUAAUCAUGAUAAAUUGUCAAACAUGUUAUCAGAGCCAUAUUUUCCUCUCUCAUUUAUUGGUCUUACUGAAAUCAAACAGAAAAUUGAUCAGCCUCCUAUAUCUAACACUGACAUAUGUGGAUAUCAGUAUCUCUCCCAGCAAAGCCUUUCCAAUGCUGGGGGAGUUGCUUUCUACAUAAAAAAUAACUUAAAUUUUAACAUAAGACCUGAAUUUACAAUCACUGCUGAUGAUUUUGAAGCCUUAUGGAUUGAGUACGUAAAAAUUGUCAUUCAAACUUACUCUGUGAAAUAAUUUAUAGGUAUCUAAAUGGCUAAAGGCCUACAUAUCAAAAGCUUUGGAGAUAGUUUUUAAUGCUUCUUUUUUAACUGGAGUUGUUCCCAGUGAUUUUAAAAUAGCAGACGUUGUACCUGUGUUCAAAAAAGGAUCACAGUCAUCCUUGUGCAAUUACCGUCCCAUCUCCCUUAUCUCU